GGGUUGGUUGCGGCCGCUGUCAAUCACAGGCGUGCCUGUUGUUUCCUGCAGCGACUCGAGCAACUUGAGGAGAUCCAGCAGCUGCUCCAAUGGAGGGGGUGUUACACAAAUGGACCAACUAUCUGAGUGGUUGGCAACCAAGGUACUUUGUGUUGGAUGGCAGCGUGUUCUCCUACUACGAUUCGCAAGAAGAUGUCGACAAAGGCAGUAAAGGAAGCAUCAAAAUGGCCGUGUGUGAAAUAAAAGUGCAUUUAGCAGAUAACACAAGGAUGGACCUGAUUAUCCCAGGAGAGCAAUACUUCUACCUCAAGGCUAUGAAUGCGGCAGAGAGACAGAAAUGGUUGGUGGCACUUGGAAGUGCCAAAGCCUGCCUGACAAGCAACAAGACCAAGAAGGAGCGAGAAAUCAGUGAAAAUGAGGAUUCAUUGAAAUUCAAAAUGUCCGAGCUUCGUCUGUACUGUGACCUACUGAUGCAGCAGGUCCAUAAGAUCCAGGAAUCUGCACAACCGGUCGAGAUUGGAUCCACUCCAGAUGUUGAGAAAAUGAACGAGGCUUCAUCUUUGCUUAAAGCCACGUGCAAUACUUUUAUAACUACCCUAGAGGACUGUAUGAAAAUAGCAAGUGUGAGGAUAUCCCCAGAGCUGCUUUCACCCCCUGAAUCCCCUGCUGCUCAUGUCACCUCUACACCUCUUCGCAGGGUGAAGCGUUCAAUAAGCCACAGUAGUGUUGUUGCACUCGACAGGAGUGCAGAAGUGAACAACCUGGCUCAGCCUCAGAAAGGUUCCAUUACAGUAAUGAGAAAUCUGGAGGAAAUGGCUGCAUAUCGAGCCAGCAAGUGGACGAGACCCCCUGUGGAAAUCAAGACCCCAGAAAGUAGUAACACGGCACAGCCAGCAAAUUCGCCGCAUCCGUCCCAAAAUGCCGAGGAUAAAUCUACAAGUAGAGCCAAUGGUGAAUAAUGUCGCAGGAAACACUAACUCCUCCACCACUUUGUAACCUGUUCAGCAACACAGAAGGAACCAGUUGUGAUGUGGGUUUAACCUAAACAAGGAAAUGGAGAAAAAGUAAUAACUUGCUAAUAUUAAUGUUGAAGUUUCCAGAGACAUUUGUUCGAAGUGAUAAAGAGCAAACGUCUGACUUUCAUAUCUACUAGCUAGUUGCCAAAGUACCUUGCCAAAUAUGGGUUAAUAUUUUAACCCUUUUGUUGCCCAGGCAUUGUGCAGAUGUAUAUGUAUGAAACCUAAAUACUGGUUUAGUAGACAUUUUUUGGGACAGAAGAGGUUGCCUAUUCAAGGGUGGACACAAAAUGAAGAAACAAGGAAUUGCAGAUGCUGGUUUUCAAAAAAGACACAAGGUUCUGGAGAAACACAGCGGGUCAGGCAGCAUCUUUGGAGAACAUGGAUAGGUGAUGUUUUGCGUCUCGUAUCUGAGUCUGAAGAAUGGUCCUAUCCAUGUUCUUCAGAGAUGCUGCCUGACCUGCUGAGUUACUCCAGCACUUUGUCUUUUUUUUUAGGCACACAAUGAAGUGUGUGUUCAUCACCGUCCAUGCAUAUACUGUGAUUUGGCAUAUUUUACUUUAAUUCCAGGCUUUUUUAAAUUCUGGUGCUUUUUGUCUAAUGUGCAGGGCAAGCUACUGCACUUCAUCCCCACACCUCCAUUUUAUUCUAGUAAAUGUUUAAUAGUGGUACCCUUGAUUUAAAAAUCAAACAAUGGUAACUUAAAUGGCCAAAUAAAAGAGUGGUUUGCAGGAAACAUUUUAAAACUCCAGGUUUAGAUGUUUUUAGGAUUGAGUAUACAGGCAACACCCAUAUAAUGUCUGUUUGUAUUAUGGAAAUUUACCCUUGCAGAAUUUGCAAAACAUUGCCCAAAAAUGUGAAAGGGGUGAUGAGAUUGAUUCUCUUGAAAUGUAAGGGAGGGGGAGGGGUGAGGACAUAUACAAUUUGGACUGGUAAUCUUCUCUUCCAAUUAACCACCCUCCCUACUACCUCCCCCCUCUCCAGCAAUUGUAUUUCAAGUUGUCUUGCUUGCCACUGAAGGUACAAUUGCUCAGACAAAAAACACUGAUUUUGAUUGUUUACAAUAGGCACUGCCGUUAAAUCUGAAUUGCUGACUUCAGAACAAGUAUCACACCAUGUCACCAAAUAAUGGCCCAAUCUGUGAUUACAGGGUUCUAUAGAGACUAUCUCCAUCAAACAGCCCUGACUAGCUUAAGCUGGUUGUUAACGUAUGUACCUCAGCUCCAAAAUCAGAGCCUCUGACUGUAUCAGACGUACUGCCUUUCUGAAAGGGCAAAUUUAAUCUGGGUUUUUUUAAGAAAUAUGAAUUUUGAUAACGGUACAGCAAAGAGUAAUAAAAGGUAGUUUCAAAUUGACACUAAUUUAUUUGAGUUUACUUUUUGUCCAGUUAAGGAGACAGAAUGGCUUAUUCCUCCAGAAGUGAUUCCAGUCAUUGUUUUAGAAUACUUCUUUAUUCCACUUGAAACCGGCUUCUGCGAAACUGGAUGCUACCCUGCAAAUAUUAAUAUAAAAACUGUUCCUUCACACUAACAUUGCUUUUUAGCUGGAAAUAGUACGAGUAAGUUUGUGUUGAUAAAUUGUACACUAUUUAUUUUUAUGAAGAUGUUUUUUUAAAUUCUAAAAUGGAAUCCAUAUUGCCCAUUGCAGAUGUUAAAAACAGAUUAAAGGCCAGCAAACUUGUUUUUUUUCAGGUUUCUAUUUAAUGGUACAUUGGUAUUUGGGUUGCCCACGUCUAAUGGGGCUACUUUUGCUCGGGUAACUAAUGUCUCAUUCAUCAUUCUCCCUGAAUUAUUGGUACUUUAACCUUUACUUGCAAGUCAAUUUAACUGCCUACAUUCUCCAUGACGUAAAAAGGGAUGGAUAUCAAUUUAUUUAUCUUUUGUUGCUAUAGUUGAUCUGACUUUGUUAUCAUAGGAAUAUUAAUUGAAUAUGGACAUGUACAGUUAUGGUGACAAUGAUAAUUAAAACAACGUAUGAAAAUGGUUCCGUCUGAAGUAUUUUGCGUGUUCUUGUGUUGCAUUUCGAAAAUGCUACGUACUUUUCCUACAUUUUUAAUAUGUGUGCAUUUGUCCCUUGUCAAGUCUGAAUGCUUUGUAUUACUCCUAUUCAGACUGAGCAUGUGACGAUUGAGAAAGUAGAGUGAAGCAAAAUAUGGAGGUGAGACUUUGGAAAAGUAACAAUUGGAAUAGCAAAGCCUGAAUUAUAUCUCUAGCCAUUUUGAAGAUGGUUCUGUGGCAUAAUAUUGAAAUAAGGUUCUGAAAGGAAAAAAGUGCACAAUUUAAUUUUUUU